AUGCAGGUGGUUUGUACUGCCCCUUUGCUGAGCCAGAGCCGGAGCAGGACCGGGGCUUCUCCUUCUACAGUGACCCGUUGGCGGCCUACACAUCUGCACCUCGGCCCGCAGCCGCAGCCCCUGCAUCCGGAUACAUGCCCCCCGCCAACCCACUUGUACGGCCGGGGACCCGGCGGCGGCGGCGGCCACUGGCCUCCCCGCCCUUCCGCCGCCGGGACGAGUUACGACCAGCAUGCCACGCCAAGGGGUUACAGCCACGGAGGCUGGGAGCACCAACAACAGCUGCAUUAUCAGUCGCCGUCACCCGGGUCUGGGGCCGGUUACCCGGGGCCGAGCAUCAGGGGAGGUUACGGUGGCGGCGGUGGCCGUCGAGGGGGAUGGCACGGCAGCGGCGGCUUUAGUGGCGUCCGGCCAAAUAAGUGGGUACGGACGGAGGCAGCGGCGGCAGCUGCACCGGCGCCAGAAGGUCCAGUCACAACGGCAGCGGCGACAGCGCCGGUGACGCCGGGGGUUGCGGGGCGGGGCCAGCCAUUUGCUGGAAGGGGCGACGGCGGCAGGGGUCGUGGCGGCGGUGGCGGCGGCCGGGGCCGAGGCCGUGGCGGCAGCAACGACGACAACGCUACGCCAGCGGCGAUGCAGGCGUACUACAAACCGUCGUUCAGCGCUGAUCCCUGGGCGGCUCUGACGCCGCGGCCAAUGCAGCCAAGAAUGCCGGGGCCGGGUGGCGGCAAGGCGGCCGCUCCUGGGGCCCCACUGACUGUGGAUGUAAAGAAGCUGGGGGGAGCGAGCUUGGCCGAGAUAAUGGCGAUGGAGAAGGCGGCGGCGGAUGGAACCGUGGUGGCGGAGGGGAUGAUGGCGGGGGCGGUUGUGGGUUCGGAGGGCAUGGAGGACGAGGGGGGCACGGCAGGGGCGGGUUUUGAUGGAGGCGGCGGAGCGGAUGAACCGCCUGAGGACGAUGACAACGAUGAGCACCACGGGCUUCAUUUCUCCGCCUCCUUUCCUGGGCUCGGGGACCCACCGACUCCAACCCACCGGGGCCAACUGGCUACCACAUGGAUAAGUUCCAGCCCUAUCCUCCGUGUCAUCACCACCUUGCGGCCUGUGCCUCCAGAGUCUUGA